AAUUAAAAAGAAGCAUUAGGCUACUGCCAUAAAUGCUCAUACAUGCCAUCUCAAAUGUAUAGAUGUAGACCUACAUGUUGUGUUUUGUUAUAUAUAAUAGUUAACAUUUGUACGCUUCAAAUUAUUAUACUAGAUCAAGUCAGGGGGACAGGGAUUAAUGUGUGAGUAGCAGGUCUAAUAAAGCGUAGGGAAAAAGUUGAAGAGUGGCAGAGAUGCUGGUCAUGCUUCGGAUGCGCGAAAUAGGCUACUGUAGGGUAGGAUAUCUAAACCAAAGUCUCUCCCCAGGCGGACCGCUUGAGAACAGGUGAAAGUCGACAUCAGCUUCAACUACAUCCAUACAAAACUCAAACGUUUUCAAGCAACUAAUCAGUUUGCAAAGCGUAAUGGCUAUAUGAGCGAUUCCCCUUGAGAGGUAGUUAACAUUCUAUCCUGUACAGUGGCGGAUCCUUUGCGCCUGCGCAUUCUUUUUACAACGCAUCAAUGCACUGAAGAGAGUUCAAGAGAGGGAUCUGAAGCUUUUCGUGUGCUCACAGAAAUGGAUGGAGGAAAGCGGAAAAGAAGUGUUUGUGCCACGCAAGAGCCGGAGGCGCAACAGAAAAUGGUGAAAGAUAAGAAUAUCAAGGCUAUCCCCGAGGUAGUGACACUCAAGAAAGAGAUAGGACUUCUCAGCGCUUGCACCAUCAUUAUAGGAAACAUCAUUGGCUCUGGGAUUUUCAUCUCUCCAAAGGGUGUUUUAGAGCAUUCAGGGUCUGUGGGCCUGGCUUUGGUGAUCUGGCUCUCAGGGGGGGGCAUCGCUGCCCUUGGGUCUCUCUGCUAUGCCGAGCUGGGGGUCACCAUCCCCAAAUCUGGUGGGGACUACUCCUACGUCACAGAGAUCUUUGGAGGUCUAAUAGGGUUCCUUCUGUUAUGGAGUGCUGUGCUCAUCAUGUACCCCACCACGCUCGCAGUCAUCGCCCUCACCUUCUCCAACUACAUCCUGCAGCCAGUCUUCCCUAACUGCAUCCCCCCAUACGUUGCCACACGGUUGCUCUCCACUACCUGUAUUUUGUUCCUCACUUGGGUGAAUUGCUUCAGUGUGCGUCUGGCCACCCGUAUUCAGGACAUCUUCACAGUCGGCAAACUGCUGGCUCUUGGCCUCAUCAUUGUGGUGGGCCUGGUGGAGAUCUUUAAAGGCGACUAUGAUGGACUGACUCCACACGUGGCCUUCACGUUUUUCAAGAGCCCUACAGUGGGGGGGAUUGCGCUGGCCUUCCUCCAGGCCUCCUUUGCCUUCAGCGGGUGGAACUUCCUCAACUAUGUCACAGAAGAGGUGGUCGAACCACGCAGGAACCUACCUCGUGCCAUUUACAUCUCCAUUCCACUGGUGACCAUAGUGUACACGUUUACCAACAUCGCCUACUUCGCCUCCAUGUCCCCCGAGGAGCUGCUGGCAUCCAAUGCUGUGGCUGUUACCUUUGGGGAGAAGCUCCUGGGGAUGUUCUCUACAAUCAUGCCCAUCUCUGUGGCACUGUCCACGUUCGGGGGCAUCAAUGGCUACCUCUUUACCUCCUCCAGGCUAUGUUUCUCAGGUGCAAGAGAGGGACAUUUGCCCAGUCUUCUGGCUAUGAUUCACUUUAAGAGCUGUACCCCUAUCCCUGCCCUCCUAGUGUCUUGUACAGCCUCCAUUUUCAUCUUGUGCAUUGGAGAGACUCAUAACCUGAUAAACUAUGUGUCUUUUAUUAACUACCUCUCCUAUGGGGUCACUAUUGCUGGUCUUCUGUACUACAGAUGGAAGAAGCCUAACCUCUACAGGCCCAUCAAGGUAAACCUGCUUGUACCAAUCAGUUACCUGGUGUUCUGGGUCCUCUUAUUGGGGUUCAGCCUUCACUCUGAGCCCAUAGUGUGCGGUGGGGGUCUGGUCAUCAUGCUCACUGGAGUGCCUGUCUAUUUCUUGGGGGUGCACUGGAAACAAAAGCCCAAGUGUAUCUAUGAUUUCAUUGAAUGGGCCACCUACCUGGGACAGAGGGUGUUUUUCGUAGUCUUCCCGCAAGUUGAUCCUAUUGUUGCUGCCACAACUCCCACAGAAUGGACAGAUAAGUCCUCCACCACAAGCAAUGCCUCUGGGACAUUUUGAGGCGCAUCAUUUGGACUCUAUGGUUUUUAAGUUUGAAAUAGAUACAUAUAUAAAAACAUAAAACAGACCACAGACACUUGUGCCCCAGUUUUACAGAAUGAACCUCUGAAUUCCACAAGACGAACAAUAUGUUUGCCUGUGCACUUAGUUUAAUGUUACUAAAAUUUUAAUGUGCAACAUUUCAGACCUUUGGGUCUUCAUCAGGGAAAGCCUGAUGGAAACAUUUUGGAAGCAUAAAAUUACGUGUAGGCAUUAACCCUUUUUCUUGGUUCACCUUUGCCACUAAUACACAACUUUGGUUGAAUGUGUACACCUUUUCCGUCUUUUCUAGGAGUCCUCUCCUUUUCAGCCUUCCCGCUUUUAUUGAUCUUGACAAUUAAUGACUUACUGUGCCUUACUGUGCCAACUACACCAGUGUUCACUGAGAACAUCAGCAAUACAGGCAUAACAACAAGUCUCUCUGUUCACUUACUUUAGUACCAUACAGAACAUGGUGUGGUUCUACAGUAUAUGGACCUUAAGGGAGUUUACUUGAGUCAGGGAUGGCAUAAACACUGUUUAAACCACACACACUGCUAAACACUUGGGAAUGUUCUGAAUGCCACCUUCAUUGUUGAACUUUUAAUGUUUUUAUCUAACAAAUAAUAACUAUUUAUCUGUAAUUUGUGUCAAUGCUCUGUUGUACAAACACUGUAUGUUCAGAAUCAGGUCAUAUACAAUUAAGCACAAUGACUUUUUCCCCCCUUUUAAAUGAUUUUUUAAACUUUUAUUUUAUUUCUAAUAUUGUUAUCUGAAUUGGCCCGUAAUGUAGAGGAAUCAGUUUAGGUCAGUGUAUAUUAUGUAUUUAUCAUACUUUGUUUUUUAUUUUUACCAAAUUUGAUCAUUCACUUCUACUGUGCCAUGGAUUAGUAACUCUUCUGCAGGUUACAUGUGGAGUACUAACACAGUUACUAAUGUUGCAAACCACAUGUUAUUGUUGUGAAACAACACUGUAUUUUACAAAAUAUUAUUUGUUUCUUUUGUAUAUAUAUAUACUGUAUAUCCAUAUCGAUCUAUCUAUAUAUUGUGCAAUUGAGAAUUAUUAAAAACAUAGUCACUGUGUCCUGUGUCCUAUGCAAUGGAGACCUAUAAUGACAAAUGAUUUUUUCAACUGACACAUUCUGCCAAUGUGAAAUACUGAUGGUAUGUUAUCAAAACAAAUCCCAUGGACACUUGUUCAUUUUAGUGAAUGCAUAUGCCUCAAAAAGCUGUGGCAUCCAUAUGGUGUAUGUGUUUCACCUAUGCAGAUUUCAAGAAUCAGUGACUGUGUUUAAAUAAACUUUGCAUUGUAAAUUA